AUGCCGACCGAAUCCAUCUUUCCAGACUUUGUUCUCGGCCAUCCAAGGCAUCAUAAGACGAGACCUCAGGGCGUGCCACAGAGACAAAACCCCAAGGCACGGCCACCGAAGGGCUUGAGGGACAAGGUUCCCUUGUAUGGCAAGUUGCCGCACUAUGCUGGCCCUUACGAAGUCGGAGUCAUUGACAUCGAAGUGCCUGCAAAUAACCCCAGGACCUUUUCAAGGAUCAAGAGACAUGGCGUUCCCGCUCUCGCCCUCGAGACGGUGUUAAUGACAAUCUACUAUCCCGCUCAUCUGAAUGUCAAAUACAAUCUCGACACUCCGGCCACGUUGCAAAGAUUUCGCCCCACGUGGCUGACUCGACCGAGAGAUCAGACGAGUCGUGGUUAUGCGCGUUUCGCAGAUCUCCCCGAGCACUUAAUGAUGGCCUUCUUCUUCUGCACAACUUGGUACACGAAGAUUCCUGCAUAUAAAAAUGCAAAACUGGCAGAUCAUUGGCCUCCGUACGGAGAAGCAUCCACACACCAGCGGGAGGCUGUGGAUCAAGAGGGGAAGCCACCUGCCCAGGGCCCGCAAAAGCCCAAGUUCCCACUCAUAAUCUUCAGUCAUGGACUGGGAGGGACGAGGACCUGCUACUCAUCCGUCUGCGGGGAAUUUGCCAGCCAUGGGUUUGUCGUGGUGGCGCUAGAGCAUCGCGACGGCAGCGGUCCGAGGACUCAUAUUAAUCAUUCAGAGGCCGGACCAGGAAGCCGGCACUGUACCGAGAUCAAUGGUAACAUAGAGCACAAGAAGAGGGAUACUAAGAGACCCUACGAUACCGUCGACUUCAUUUUUGCAAAAGGCGACAAGUACGACACGAGCCCCGGCCACAAGGUGGAUCAUGAGCUACGCAACGCCCAAGUUGAUCUGCGGUUGGCCGAGAUCGACGAGGCCUAUCAGGUCAUGCAAGAAAUAUGUGCAGGGGAGGGUGAGAAGGUCGCAGCGAGAAAUCUCCGGGUGAAACCUGCAAUUGGUGCUUCAAGGGUCGGUCUCGAUGGCAUUGAAUGGUCAUCCUGGCAAGAUCGGUUCUUCACCGAGGGGGUCACCAUGGUGGGGCAUUCCUUUGGAGCGACGACGACAGUUGAGGUCUUGAGGCAGAAACACAGGUACAAGUACAUAACGCAGGGAAUCAUCUACGAUAUUUGGGGAAUGCCUGUGCGGCCGACGGCCGAAGAGCGGGCAAGCCGCAUUCGGGUUCCGCUUCUCGGAAUCAACUCUGAAGCAUUCAUGUAUUGGCCAGAUAAUUUCGAAGUGGCAAAGGCGGUGACGAUGGAAGCCUUGGAGACAGGACAUCCGGCAUGGCUGCUAACAGUGCGUGGGACAGUGCAUAUCUCCCAAUCGGACUUCUGCAUCCUGUAUCCCCAGCUCGCCAGUUACCUGAUGAAAACCACCAUCGACCCCGUUCGCGCCAUCGACUUGAACAUCGACGCGUCUCUGGAGUUCUUGGCCCGGGUCAUGCCCAGGGAGGUGCAGUACGAGCAACCCUUUCUCAGGAGGAUGAGCAACAAGAAGCUGUUGGAUGUUCCCCCUCUGGACAACUUACCGACAGAGCACCGGCCGAACAAGAAGUGGACGGCAGUGCGCUUGAGGGUUGAACACGAGGCUCGCAAGCGACUCACACCCGGCACGAGGAAACGUUACUGGGAGAAACUGCAGCGGUCCGGAGGGGGCGAGAUUUGGCUCCACAUCAACCCAGACAGUACGUCCGAGUUGGAAAAAUGCGAGACUUGCCGGAUCCCUAGAUGGACUGACGUUGACAGGCCGAAAUCGAGGAAAUGA